AUGGACGUUGCAACACUACGCGUCGAUAAGGUCACGAUAACGCAAGACGAUUGGUUAUACAGCAUGCACAUCCAAGACGACAGCAUAAAGCAGCUAUUCGAAAAAUUAGAAAAUAAGGAUAAAGUUCGAUUACCUCCAAAACCAAGAAAGAGGAGACUGGCUUGGGAAGAGGAUGGCGAAGUGGACAUUCUUGAUGUGCAGGUGAAGUUAGCGAACUUCACGCAACGCUACAGAAAAGAGAAAUUGGCUAUGGGACCUUCUGGUGGAUCACCCUCAACGUGGCCUUUAUACGCAAGGGUGCACCAGAUAAUCGGUGGAUUUAAGGCCAAUAUGUUUUGCGAGCUGACGCUUGAAAACAUCAGCGAAUCCGAUAUAGCAUCCCAGCCAUCACCACUGACCCCAAUAUUGCCGUCAUCACUCAGCCCAACAUUUUCCUCACCACUGGCAUCACCUCUUCCUGCUGUGCCAACCACACCGCUGCCUACACCGUCACCGCCGCUGUCAUCACCUCUCACUCCUCUGCCAACCACACCGCUCCCCACACCGUCACCGCCGCUAUCAUCGCCGUCGUCACCAAUGCCUAGCAGCUCAGCUUCUGCGGUUGAGCCUAAAAGAAGGAAAGUAAUCGGCACUUUACAAAAGAAAGUAUUAGAUAAAUUUGAUGGGUUGUCAGCGGAGAUAAGCCAACAUAUACAGAGGAGUGAGGAAAAUGAAAAAGAGUGGAUGAAGAUAGAGAAAGACAAAGCUGACACACUGAGGGAGAUAGCGAAUGAUAACAAAGAAUUAAAAGUUGGCAUUUUAUCAUUUUUAAAUAGAAAUUAAUAACACUGUACAGCACUCGGCUGGGUAUUGGACCAAACCAACUUUUUUA